GAAAAAGGAUACCCUCGCGGCCCUCGCGCCGUGAGAUCGCGACGGGGUGUUGUUGGCCAUCUUCGGUCCCUGGGAGCCCUCACCGGGCCCAAGGACCGGCAACAAAACGACGUCCGUAGCCAUUCUGGCCCGAGCCGGUUCAGACGAACACAGAUCGCUGCACCCCUGCCCGCUGCAGGCGGGCGCCCUGGUGCAGGCUGCCCGGCCUGGGCGCGCUGACGCCCCCAUGAGCCGACGCGGCGCCGCGUGGUGCCCCAGCUCCUACCGGGCCCGCAAGAACGCCAUCCUGGCGCUGCAGGCCUGUGCUGCCGGGGUGCUUCUGUGGCUGGCCUUCUACGGCGCCGGCAGCGCCUCCGCCGCCAGCGACGGCUCGCGGAGGCAGCCCCGGCCGCAGCACGAGGACUGGGAGGGCCUGCGGCCAGCCGACGCCCGGCAGGCGGCCUCGCCGCCGCCGGCGGCCGACGCGCGGCCUGCAGCGGGGCGCGGCGAGCCAGAGGAGCCAGCCGCCCUCGCCGAACCGGAGGCGGCCGAGGCGGAGGCCCCGGAGGAGCCCCCGGCGCGGGCGCCACGCCAGGCGGCGGCCCAGGCGCCAGCGUUGCUGCCGAGGGCGCCGGCGCCAACGGCGCCGCUGGCGCUGGCGAGCGACGGAGGCGUCGGGUCGGAGGCCCUGCGCGGGCAGUACGACGGCGGCCAUCCGCAGGAGGGGCCGACGAAGCUGAUCUUCAUCAGGAUACCGUUGAACGGAGGUCGUUCUUUGGUGGAUGCUGCUCAACGUGAAGGCCUUAACUUCGGAGACCAUGUCCAGGCGUCGACAGCAUCCAGAGGCCCGCGCAGCGUGGUCGCCGGGCAGACGACCUGCCCACGUGCUAGCGUUCCUCCGUCUCAGCUGGCCGAGGUCUACGGGGGCACCCAGACCUUCUGCAUAGUCAGGGACCCCUACGAACGCCUCAUCACAGAGUUCCGUCGGACCUGGAAGGGCAAUCCGCUACGGAAAGUUGGAUGCUUGGAUGGCCUCAACGCGUUCGUGAAGAAGAGGGUGAAGACGUAUAUGGGGGACCCCGAGCUCGGGAGAGAGCCAGCUCCUUUUGCGCACGAUUGUGAAUUUAUGCCUCAGUCGGCUUUUGUAUUUGGGUGGCGUGCGGACAUUGGCCAGGUUGACGACACCCAGCGCUGGUGCACGCACUCCCUUCAUCAUGCUAGUCUUCAGGAAGAUGCAAGCACCUUCUUGGAAUCCCACGGCUACAGGCUCACUGUCGAAGCGGAGCCCCUGGUCGAUCCAAGUGUGUGCCCGAUGCUCAACUUGAGGAGCCUGUCGGUCGUGAGCCGCGAACUCAUCGAGGCCGCCUAUAAGGACGACUUCAGGCUGCUGAAUUUCCAGAAGAUCACCGGGCCGGAGUUCAUCCACAUACCCCGCACGGGUGGCACCACCAUCGAGGAUGUUUCUCAGAAGUACGAGCUCUGGGGGAGAAGAAGUCCGCGCUUGCUCGGGGGCGCGAAGUGGAUGGGCCCCAAGCACAUGGACGUCUGCUAUCCCCAGCAUGUCCCACCGUCGAUCUUGGACGCUCUGUUCGCUGGUAAGGAGACCUUCUGUAUCGUGAGAGACGUGUACAAGCGAUUGAUAUCUGAAUUUGGUUAUUGGGCCAUGGCCCGCUUCCCGGGCUGGCCACCGCAAUUUGACUGCAACGUCUCGGAGCUGAACCGCUUCAUCUCUGAGCGGCUUGCCGGCAAGGAUGGUUAUCUGCACAAUCCCCACCGGUCAGACUGCCACUUGGUUCCCCAGGCUGGGUUUGUUUACGCAUGGGACAGAAAGAACGCGAAAGUGAACUUUGGCGAACGAUGGUGCACCAAGGUGGUGAGAUACGAGCGGUUUCACGAGGAGAUUAAUAGCUUCUGGGCUGGACACGGAUAUCCUAUGCGAUUGGACACUGGCCAGCGGUCGUGGACAAAGACAAAGGGCCCGUGCGGGGAGUUGAAGCCCAAGCACUUCAGCGACGAGUCGGUGGCCCUCAUCAAGAAGGUAUACUUUGAGGACUUCAAGAUGAUGGCAGAUCUGGACGCCGAGUACGAGUCUGCUCCGAAGACGCCGCCACUUCCGGCAGAGGAGGUGAUUGAUGACGAUCACCUCAUUCGCGUGGCAGAGCGGACCCUGGUGGCCGAAGAGCGUGAGCUCGAGAAGGCGACCAUGGUAGUUGAUGAUUUGGUUACCUCCGAGGACUUCGAGGUUGAAUUUGAUUUGACUUUGCACAAAGUCCAUACGUCGAAUGUGGGGGGGAUCUUGAAGAUCACCAACACCAGCGGCUGGUACGGGGAGCCCGGCGACAGGAUGCCGGCCUUCUUGUUCGGUUGGAACUCGUCAAAGAUAAUGACCCACAUGGGUAAGGCUGGAAAGCCGAACGACUUCUGCCAGUCCAAGUAUGGAAUGCCACUGGGCAAGGUUCAGCACAUCCUGGCCCGCUUGCAGGGGUCGGAGUACACAAUGUACGUCAACGGCGAGGAGUCGUGCACGUUGAGAGGCUUCUCCGACGAGGCGAAGUACCCCGCCCAGAGGAAUGUGCAGGUGUGGUUGUACGAUCAGUUCAACGACCCAGGGUUCGCCAGCAUUGCGAACUUGAGGUACAAAGCCCUGGGGUCGUUACCGGCAUGAGCGUCUUGGUGAGGCCAGCGCCCGCGUUUCUCGCCACCUGCAGUACGUGAAGAACGUCAGGAGCCUGCCUGCUGGUGGCCGCCGCCCGAGAGCAGCUGGCCGUGGAUGGGCGCUCGGCGAGCGGCCCCGCCGGGCGCCUGGUCAAGGUCGAGGGGGGCUUGGCGCCGUGGCAGCGCCGAGGGGCAGCAGCCGCAAUGGCGGCCUGAGUGGGCCAGGCUGGCAAACGACUGCCUGGGAGAGUGUUGGCGCGCAUGCGCAA